UUCCAGAGAUAACAGAAACCGUGAAACAAUCAUAUGAUUUAAUGAUACCUAAAUUUCACAGAUCCAAAGAAAACAAAACAUACAUUUGAAGUAAGAUUAAAAAAACAUGGUAAUGACAUAAAAAAUGGUGAUGCAAUAGGCGGAGGCGGGUAAAAAGAAGAAGGUAGAAGACACGAAGGGCAUGGGAGACAGUCGUAGAGGACCAUCCUCAACACCACAAUCACGCAAGAUCAUGGUGAUCGCUGACCCGACCCGUGAAUCUGCAGCUGCUCUUCAAUACGCUCUUUCACACGCCGUGCUCGAGCAAGACGAGCUCAUCCUCGUCCAUGUUGAAAACAAUGGUGGCUCGUGGAAAAACGCAUUUUCAAGUUUCUUGAGAUUACCAAGCUCCUCCUCAUCCUCUAGCACAAGCGGGUCAUCACCGGGUGCUAAUAAUGCCAACGCUAAUAUUGCAAACACCGUUUCAUCUUUGGCCUCUGAGAUUGGUCAAGGGGAAGGGAAUUUCCUUGAACAGAUGAAACGGAUAUGUGAAAUUGCUCAGCCGAAGGUGCGUGUGCAGACAGAGUGUAUAACCAUGGAUGGCAUCAAAGCUGCAGCUAUUCUUCUUCAUGGAGACAAACUUGGGGUUGAAGUUAUCAUCAUUGGCCAACGCAGGACAAUCUCAUCUUCCCUUCUAGGAUCUAUGCGGCCUGGAGGGUCUCUAAUAGGAUCAAAAGGAGUAGAUACAGCAGACUAUCUAAUCGAGAACAGCAAAUGCACCUGUGUUGGCGUACAGAAGAAAGGUCAAAAUGGAGGCUAUGUUCUAAACACCAAGACCCAUAAGAACUUUUGGCUAUUGGCAUGAACUUUUGGCUAUUGGCAUGAUCAUGCACUUUUUUCCUAGACAGUUUUAUUGCUUACAUAUACCUAAAGUACAAAAAAGAUAAGUUUACCAGCCAUCUUCACUUGUUUAUUCUUUAUCUUUAAAU